AUUCAAAAUAUGGAUUUCAUUGUAACCAUGUUUGUUCUCUUUGUUGUUAGCUCAUUCACAGUUACUUCCACAAAUGCAGUUGAAACAGUUGAGAAAGUUGAAGUCUCAAAUCUUAAGGCCUCAAAUGUUCUUGACAUCGGUAUCCUUAAAAGGGACGAUUUUCCUGAUGACUUUAUCUUUGGGGCGGGUUCAUCCGCAUACCAAGUUGAAGGUGCAGCAAACCAAGGUGGUAAAGGACCAAGUAUUUGGGAUACCUACACCAAUGAUCAUCCAGAAAGAAUAAAGGAUGGAAGCAAUGCAGACAUCACCGUUGACCAAUAUCACCGUUACAAGGAAGAUGUUGAGAUUGUGAAGGAUCAAAAUAUGGAUUCGUAUAGAUUCUCAAUCUCUUGGCCAAGAAUACUUCCAAAGGGAAGGUUGAGUGGAGGCAUAAAUCAAGAAGGGAUCACAUAUUACCACAACCUCAUCGAUGAACUAUUGAAGAAGGAUAUAACACCAUUUGUAACUCUUUUCCACUGGGAUCUUCCCCAAGUCUUAGAAACUGAGUAUGGUGGUUUCUUAAGUCCCCAAAUAAUAGAUGAUUUUCACGACUAUGCGGAUCUUUGUUUCAAGGAAUUUGGAAAUAAAGUGAUAUAUUGGGUUACAUUGAACGAGCCUCAGAUGUUUACCAAAGGUGGAUAUGCACUUGGAACAUAUGCACCAGGUCGAUGUUCAAAUCCUCCGUGUCAGGAUGGUAAUUCUGGCACAGAACCUUAUAAAGUGACACACAAUCUAAUUCUUGCUCAUACAAAAGUUGUACAUUUAUAUAAGUCAACAUAUCAGAAGAAACAUCAAAAGGGAAAGAUCGGCAUAACGUUGAACACUAACUGGUACAUGCCAUUUGGAGACAAUAACAUACCAGAUAAAAAGGCUGCCGAUAGAGCACUUGACUUCCAAUUUGGAUGGUAUAUGGAACCCUUAACAACCGGAGAUUAUUCUAAAAGCAUGCGAGCCAUAGUGAAAGAUCGAUUGCCUAAGUUCACUGAAUUGCAAUCAAGGGAAGUCAACGGUUCAUUUGAUUUUAUUGGUAUAAACUAUUACACUUCUAACUAUGUUAAAAAUACUCCUCUGCAAGACAAUGCCAAACCAAGUUACACAACAGAUCCUAUGACCGAGUUAUCAUUUAAUAAAAAUGGGAUACCCCUAGGACCAAGGGCUGCUGCAGUUUGGUUAUACGUUUAUCCAAAGGGACUUCGGGAUCUUUUGAUUCACAUUAAGGAUAAAUAUAAUAAUCCUGCGGUUUACAUCACUGAAAAUGGUAUGAAUGAAUUGAACGAUCCAACACUGUCAUUAGAAGAAGCUAUUCUAGAUACUUACAGAAUCGAUUAUUAUUAUCGUCAUUUCCACUACAUUCAUUCUGCCAUCAAGAGCGGCUCGAAUGUAAAGGGAUUUUUUGCAUGGUCACUUUUGGACUCUUUUGAAUGGGUUGAUGGCUUUACUUCUCGUUUUGGAUUAAUCUUUGUAGAUUACAAAAAUGGAUUGAAAAGACACCCUAAGCUUUCUGCCCAAUGGCUCAAGAACUUUCUCCAUAUACCUGGCUGGCUGGGUUGAUUUCGUUUGAUGCUGGUGUGGUGCACAUCCUAAAUAAAUGUGGUUAAUCAUAAUUAACAGCUUUAUAGUACUCACUAUUCGAUAUAAAUUUAGGCUGUUAUAUUUCGAUUAUACGCAUACAUGUAAUAAUAAGUGCCUUAUUGCACCAGAAGCUAUAUGAUCAUAUAUUAUUCCAUUAUGUAUCAUUUUGAUUUCAUUAAUAAUAAAACUCUUAUCUUUUCAAAA